GCUACUUGGAGAUGGAGAUCUCAGUUAGUUUUGCUUCGCCAAUACAAUCAAAAAGGAAAUUUAGACCUCAUUUCCGGUGUUAAUGGAAAGGUGCGUUUUUCUUUUCCUCGUCGGGAUAGAAUGGGGUUCCACAGUUUCUUGCGGAAAACAAUAUACCAAAUGCCUGAGUUUUAGGCUUUUUUUUCUCACUUUACCUACAAAAGGCAAAGAGUCACCAUCAGAAACAAAGCUUCAGAAGCAAGCAUGCCAGGUUGUUCUCAAUCACUUCGAGAAACAGUACUCUAAAGAGUUGGGAGGAACAUGGAAUUCAGUCAGGGAAAUUCUUACAACACCACAGUACUGGCAAUAUGCAGUCCUCCUUAAUAAAUUCAGUUGCUCCUCUGCAAUGGAGUCUUAUUUGUGUUUAAAGAACUAUCGCCUCCUUUUCCCAAGACCUUCAUCCUCUUUUCCACAAUCACUGAAGUGUUACAUCAGUGAUGUUCCUGGAAGAUUCCCUGCUCAGAAACACAGAGAUGGACAAUUAAAGCAAUACUACCUGCUAAAUGCUGCCUCUCUGCUGGCAGUACUGGCUCUGGAAGUAAAAGAUGGAGAAAAAGUGUUGGACAUGUGUGCUGCUCCAGGGGGUAAAUCAGUAGCUACACUACAAUAUGCUUGCCCAGGGCUUUUACAGUCAAAUGAAUAUGAUAACUUGAGAUUCCAUUGGUUGAAGCAGACACUAGAAUCCUUCAUUCCAGAAUCUUUGAUGAGCCUAAUUACUGUUUCUCCUAAUGAUGGAAGAGAAAUAGGAAAUCUUCACCCUGAAAAGUUUGAUAAGAUCCUAGUGGAUGCUCCUUGCUCAAAUGAUAGAAGUUGGUUAUUCUCUUCUGAUACCCAGCAGGCUACUCUGCGCUUAGCACAAAGGAAGCUAUUAUCUGCUGUACAGAUACAACUGCUCAGAGAACGAAGAAGGGUCCCUUCUGAUACAAUUUCCAAACCUCUGUUUCUUCAGUGGACCUCAUAUUGUACAUUCAAUUUUGGGUUAGUGUGGUGCGAGGCUCAGGUAAUUUUUUUUUAUAAACCAGGAUUAAUAGAAUAGCCAGUUCCUUAUAGCUAGUUCAGUAAACCAUGAACAAAACAAUAAUUUAUACUGAUGCAUUUUCUCCCUUCUUAUCUCUUAUUCUUUUCUCCAAAAAUUUAUUGUCAGGUUAACAUUUGGUCAAAGUUUGAAAAACAGUGAGAUAGUUAUCUCCUAUGGGCAAAAAGUAAUAUAUCCUUCCAACAUUUUAGUAAUGGAUUCAAUUGUAUGUAUUGACUGAGCAAUAAUAAUCACAUGUCAUUACUGAAAUGUUAAGCUUAAUGCACAUAACCAUGCACAUUUUCUGGCAGGUAAAGAUUCCAAGUGUAAAUACAUAUGCUGAUGAAUCCAAUUUAAUAGAAUAUUUACUCUUUUUGUUUUGUUUUGCUUUUAUUAUUUAACAGAUCUGCAAUUAAAGCUUUGCGUCCUGGAGGAUAUCUGGUUUAUUCCACAUGUACUCUUUCUAAGGCAGAGAAUCAUGAUGUCAUAAGUCACAUCCUUGAUUCCUGCAGCAAUGUUUUGCCAGUGGAUUUGCACACCCUAGUCAC